GCUCGGCGCUCCGCUGCCGCCAUCUUAUGUGUUUCCCGGAGCCUGAGAGCGGGGCCGGGGCGGGAGCUGCCGGCCGGAGGAUGCCUGGCGGAUAAAUGUGGCCCAAACCCGACAUCCCUUUGCUGUUGAUGUUAAUCGUGACUGUGGCGGAGUCGGAACGGCCAGGCCCGCGGUUAGGUCUGACAAGACUCUUGUCAGAGCUGCGCUGUACGCCUGGACAGUUUGCGUGUAAUACUGGAACAAUUCAGUGCAUCCCUCUGACUUGGCACUGUGACGGCUGGCAGACCUGUGAAGAUGGCAGUGAUGAAUUGGAUUGUCCAGGUAUAAUCGGCGACCAUCAGAUACAUCGCGUGAAGGAAACAGUGGACUCUAAACAUGGGCGUGGCAGGGGAGCUGAGGACAGCCGCUUUUACCCUGUUAACAUGGGUCAGUCAUUUCAGUUGGAACGGAAGUGCCCAACUGGCUGGCAUCACUAUGAAGGGACAGCGAGCUGUUACAGAGUGUAUUUAAACAGCGAGAACUACUGGGAUGCUGUCCAGAUGUGUCAGCAAGUGAAUGGAUCACUGGCCACCUUCACGACUGAUCAGGAGUUACGGUUCAUCCUGGCUGAAGAGUGGGACCUGGAGGAGCGGCCAGUGAGCCGCAAGGACCAGCGCAGAUUCUGGGUUGGCUAUCAAUACAUGGUAACCAACCGAAGUCACACCUCCCUCCAGGGGCAAUGGGAAGUAGCCUACAAGAGCAGUUCCUCAGAAGUUUUUCUUCCCCCAGAGAAGGUGACAUUCUUUGGGAUGACUAUCUCUGAACAGGAGAACGUGUUAUGUGCUCAGUUGCAGUGCUCCCACUUGCCCAGCCUACGGCACCGUGGAUUGCACAGCUGGUAUGCAGAGAACUGCAAUGAGAAGUCAGCAUUUCUUUGUAAGAGAAGUCAAACCUGCGUGGAUAUAAAAGACAACGUGGUGGACGAGGGCAAGUAUUUCACUCCAAAGGGGAAUGAUCCAUGUUUGAGCUGCACCUGCCAUAAUGGCGAACCAGAAAUGUGUGUGGCAGCGCUGUGUGAGCGGCCUCAGGGCUGUCAACACUACGAAAAGGACCCGAAGGAAUGCUGCAAGUUCACCUGCCUGGACCCAGAUGGCAGCAGUAUUUUUGAUUCUAUGGCGAGUGGAAUGCGUUUGAUUGUGAGCUGCAUCUCCUCCUUCCUUAUCCUCUCGCUGCUCCUCUUUAUGGUUCACCGAUUACGACAGAGACGCAGAGAACGAAUUGAGUCUCUCAUUGGUGGCAAUUUGCAUCAUUUUAAUCUGGCCCGAAGUAGAAUGCCAGGCUUUGAUUACGGCCCAGAUAGUCUUGGAUCAGGAUUAACUCCUCUUCAUCUUUCUGACGAUGGUGAGGGAGGAGCAUUCCACUUCCAUGACCCCCCACCACCAUACACAGCUUAUAAAUACCCUGACAUACAACAUCCAGAUGACCCACCACCUCCAUAUGAAGCAUCCAUCAAUCCAGGCAGCAUGCUGUGUGUCAGUCAAGAUCAUGAUCCUGGACAGAUGAUGGAGUCGAGCAGCCAGCUACCUAUGGCAGAGGGUGCUGCUGGAGAUCAGGUGGCUGCCACAAACUUUACACUACCACCUGUGACAGAGGACCUGGAAGAUUCAGCUGACAGCAGUACUUUGCUCGUGCCAUGUGACACAUGCUCAGAGAGUGGAGCACUAAGCAGUCACUCCUCAAUAAACACUGUUGUAUAAAUGGGAUGGGUCUAUCACUUUUUUUGGAGUAAAAGCAAAUGCUUGCACAGUGCUGUACAGGCAAACACUCGUUUUGAUGACUAUAAAAGGCUUAGUUCAGGUCUUCAGCAGUCAGAUUUCCUGUUUCAAUGAGCGAGUUAAUCCUCUGUGUAUAUAUUGAUGGUGGAAUGCAGCACCUUUCCCUGGAGACAGGUGCAGUAGGAUUUUAGGAAACUAAUGGGCAGCUGGGUUUUGUGUUUUUUUUAAUGUAGAUUUUGCAUCUGAAUACAGAGCUUCAAGUUUGAGUGGCUGGAACAGCCUUGAAUUGGUGGUUUUGCAUGCUGAAUAUAUACUGGCAACUCAAAGCUCUUACAACUGGGUCUUUUAAAUUGGCAACUGAUGGUGCCAAUCAUCUGAAAGAGCUUUGUGAUAUUUCUUGACAAACAGAAGUGCACUUCCUGUUGCAAUUCUGUUCUGUCACUGGGAUACAACAGUGGUGGGAGUGGGCUGGACACUAGGAUGAAUGGUAUUUGGGAUAUGCAUGUUGCACAGACUGUUUACAGGGUCUUGGUG